UGCGCGGUGGCGGGAUCCUUCCUGGGGAAGGCGAUCGCACUCAGUCGCUCGGCAGCCCGAGACUGCAGCAGUGCCGGGGCACCUUCCCCUGGAGCCGGGCAAUCCCCGGCCUCCGCGCUCCGCUGCCGGCCGCGCCGCGUUGCCUGUGAGAGCGUCCGGGUCCCCGCGUUCCUGCCCAGCGGCCAAACUAUGUCAGGAAUGGAGGUCUGCUAACACAGAAAACUCCAAGGAGCACACCAAACCGGUGGAGGCAGCAGAUGUGAGCUCUGUGCAAACAUCUCACAGCAGUUCCGAUGUUGCUCUUUCCUCAAGCUGCAGGUCUAUGGAAAUGCAGGAUCUAACCAGCCCACAUAGCCGACUGAGUGGUAGUAGCGACUCCCCCAGUGGUCCCAAACUCGAUAGCUCUCAUAUAAAUAGUACUUCCAUGACUCCCAAUGGCACUGAAGUUAAAACAGAGCCAAUGAGCAGCAGUGAAAUAGCUUCAACAGCAGCAGACGGGUCUUUAGACAGUUUCUCAGGUUCAGCUCUCGGAAGCAGCAGUUUUAGUCCAAGACCAGCUCACCCAUUCUCUCCACCACAGAUUUAUCCUUCCAACAGACCAUACCCACAUAUUCUCCCUACCCCUUCCUCACAAACUAUGGCUGCAUAUGGGCAAACACAGUUUACCACAGGAAUGCAACAAGCCACAGCCUAUGCCACGUACCCACAGCCGGGACAGCCCUACGGAAUUUCCUCCUAUGGUGCAUUGUGGGCAGGCAUCAAGACAGAAGGUGGAUUGUCACAGUCCCAGUCACCUGGACAGACUGGAUUCCUCAGCUACGGCACAAGCUUUGGUACCCCUCAACCUGGACAGGCACCGUACAGCUACCAGAUGCAAGGUAGCAGCUUUACCACAUCAUCAGGAUUAUAUGCAGGAAAUAAUUCACUCACCAAUUCCUCUGGAUUUAACAGCUCUCAGCAGGACUAUCCGUCUUAUCCCGGCUUUGGCCAGGGGCAGUACGCUCAGUAUUAUAACAGCUCACCAUAUCCAGCACACUACAUGACCAGCAGUAGCGCCAGCCCUACCACUCCGUCCACCAACGCCACUUACCAACUCCAGGAGCCGCCUUCCGGCGUCACGAGUCAGGCGGUCACAGACCCCACCGCAGAGUACAGUACAAUCCACAGCCCUUCAACACCCAUUAAAGAGUCGGAUUCCGAUCGGCUGCGUCGAGGGUCAGAUGGGAAGUCACGUGGCCGAGGCAGGAGAAACAAUAAUCCCUCACCUCCCCCGGAUUCCGAUCUUGAGAGAGUGUUCAUCUGGGAUCUGGACGAGACCAUCAUUGUUUUCCAUUCCUUGCUCACAGGGUCCUACGCCAACAGAUACGGGAGGGAUCCACCUACUUCAGUUUCCCUCGGACUACGAAUGGAAGAGAUGAUCUUCAACUUGGCAGACACACAUCUGUUUUUCAAUGACCUAGAAGAAUGUGACCAAGUCCAUAUAGACGAUGUCUCGUCAGACGACAAUGGCCAGGACCUGAGCACCUAUAACUUUGGAACAGAUGGUUUUCCUGCUGCAGCCACCAGCGCUAAUUUAUGCCUGGCAACUGGUGUCCGAGGUGGCGUGGACUGGAUGAGGAAGCUUGCCUUCCGCUACCGACGAGUAAAAGAAAUCUACAACACCUACAAAAACAACGUGGGAGGUCUGCUUGGCCCAGCUAAAAGGGAAGCCUGGCUCCAGCUGAGAGCCGAGAUUGAGGCACUCACAGACUCCUGGCUGACCCUGGCCCUAAAGGCCCUCUCUCUCAUCCACUCCCGGACGAACUGUGUGAACAUUUUGGUAACAACGACCCAGCUCAUCCCGGCACUGGCAAAAGUUCUACUAUAUGGAUUAGGAAUUGUAUUUCCUAUAGAAAAUAUUUACAGUGCAACUAAAAUAGGAAAGGAGAGCUGUUUUGAGAGGAUAAUCCAAAGGUUUGGAAGGAAAGUGGUGUAUGUUGUCAUAGGAGAUGGCGUGGAAGAAGAGCAAGGGGCAAAAAAGCAUGCUAUGCCCUUCUGGAGAGUCUCCAGUCACUCAGACCUCAUGGCGCUGCAUCAUGCCUUGGAACUAGAGUACCUGUAACAGCCUCGUGCCAAUUUGACACUGCACAGCUGCCCUAUGGCCAGAGACAACCCAGCAGGCUUCAGCCUGCGUCACUGCUGGACUCCAGAAUGUACCAAUUUCAAUAUGUGGAUACAUGGCUGCUGCAGUCUUGACUGCUACCCUCUGGGAAAAUGGAGGGCUGUGUGUGUUUCCUCAGAACAGCUGUCGACUCCGGUACUGUGAAUGCAGUGAAAAGAAGCCAUGAGAAUGUCCUAGCACAGUGUCAUGUGUCUUGGCUACAUUAACUACAUGGUUCAAACCUGUGAAGAAAAGACCUACAGACACUUUGGUUUCAGCAAAUGUGACAUAAACAGCAUGGGCAACCCAGCAAACUUGAUUCCACAAAAAAAGAAAAAAAAAAAAAAAGACUGAAAUGUGUCUUCUGGACAAGCGUGAGGGUGUUUUCUCGAAGGUUUACUUUUCGCUGUCUCCUACCCAGGGCAAUCUAUACAUCACUACUUAUUUAUGAAAAGACAUUAAAAAAAAAAAACAGAUUUGCUGAGGUAAUAAUUCACAUACCAUAUAACUCACCAAGACAGACUUCUUGGCCUCAAAUCGUUUGAAGGAACUAUAAGAAAUAAGCAUAAGAAAUAAUCAACUAAAGGCCUUGGCCUGACCAUAGGCAAGUACUUUGAAUUGUAGCACAUUGCAAAGUAGUUUAAAGUAUGUCUAAUUUAAACAUGUAAAAUGUACAUCCUUGAGACAAUCGUGUACAGAAAGAAUUUUUUGGUGUAAAUUUGUAAUAAUGGAUGAUUCUUUUACAUUCUGUUUAGGGAAAUGCUAUUAUGAGGUAGAAAUGCCUUCCUAGGAAGCUCAGGCACGAACUCCUGCAGUGCCUUAUCUAAGUAUUGGGUAUAAAUAUUGUAGAUAAUGGAUCUUUUUGAUAAUGUCAUCGAAGACCAAAAGCAUGAAUGUCAAGUGUCAACAAGGAUUUUAUUUUCUCAAUCUUUUAUCCCAUCAAUUUUUCUAAUUCUUUUUGGGUGUGUGGAUGUGUGUUGGUUAGAAGGGCCUUGCUAAAAAUAAUAGCAGUUUCACAACUGAAAAAGUUUAGAAGUCUUCCUAGCCUCCUCCUGACUUUCUCAUUUCAACAAUAAUGUAUUAUAUGUAACUACUUGGAAAAGAAUGAUUAUUCGAAUGCUUCAUCCCACAGAAAGAAUAGAGAUGAUAGAUAUAUUUUAUUAAUAAAAUUAACUGGAGCCUAGCAGAGUUUCCAUGUGCUCAGAAUGAUUAUUGUGUCUGGGUUUCUUGUUUAUGUCAACAAGGACUUUGCCACAUACCUGGGUCAGCAUCACUUCUCAUUACUCCUUCCACUCUUAGUCUUUCCAUCUUCAUCCAGAGAAGGUUCAUUUCCCACAGUGGGUAUGUCUGACCAUCAUCAGAAACAUCGACGCUGCUUUCUACUUAUGACAGGACAAACAUAAACCAGGAGUGGGGGAGGGGAAACACAAAUGAGGUUUCUCGUGUUAUAAGAAAGAUUUUUCCAAAAUAAUGCAUUUGUAUAGUCAGGAGUCUUUCUCACCUUGGGUUUUGUAUUGCCAUGAU